CUCAAUUACGUCAUAGAAGGACUUUGGCGGAAUUCCUGAGACCUCCAGUAUCCCAUCAUUCAACGGGCGCUUUGCAGUGUAUUGUUGACAGAGAGAAAACGAAACGGGGUGGGAUUUGAAAUAAAUAUCGGUAAACGGUACACUGUGAGAGGUGAACGUCAUGCUGCCAGCGAGCUGAACUGGCUCCGUUACAACUGGAUCUCUGCAUCGGUAGCGCCCGGAGAGGGAAAACCAACAAGAGAGGAGGAAGUGAGCUCACAUUGAGCCAAUGCAGCAGCAGAGCCGGCAGCCUGACCUUGUGGAGGGAAGCCUUCCAGUGUUUGUGUUCCCCACCGAGCUGGUGUUUUAUGCAGAUGAGCAGGCGUCACAUAAGCAGGUGCUCACCCUCUACAACCCUUAUGAGUUCGCUCUUAAAUUCAAAGUUCUGUGCACAGCGCCAAACAAGUACGCGGUGGUGGAUGCCACAGGUGCUGUUAAACCACAAUGUUGUGUGGAUAUCGUGAUCCGCCACAGGGAUGUGCGGGCUUGCCAUUACGGGGUGAUCGACAAGUUUCGACUGCAGGUGUCUGAGCAGAGUCAGAGGAAGGCCCUGGGCAGAAAGGAAGUCAUGGCCACUCUGCUGCCCUCUGCUGCUCAGGAGCAGCCCCAGGUCCGGCCCCAAGAAGAAGAGCGCAGGAUGAAGGAACAGCUUACUGACAGAGUGUUUUUUGAACAGACUGCAUUCCAGACAGAGAGCCGUGCAGCCUCUGGGGGCCCAAGCCUAUUAACCGUCCUUUUAGGCCUGGUGUGUAUGGCGGCCCUUAUGCUCCCAACUCUGGGAGAGCAGGAAUCCACAGUGCCUGUCUACCUCCACUUAAGUGUUAACAAAAAACUUGUAGCUGCAUAUGUUUUAGGUCUUCUUACAAUGGUUAUUCUACGCACUUGAAGUGCUCUUGACGAAAACUAAAAGAAAAUGAUGCAGGGGGAAAUAUGGACCUUUAACACAGCCAGGAUCGUUUUGAGGAUGAGAAACUUCCUCUAAACAGGGACAAACUUCUUAAAAGAUAUCGCAAACGUACAGACACAAUGAAGAUACAAACAUCUGUGGUAGGGGGCACCAUUCUGUUUACAGGCUGAAAACUGACUGAGCUUGCAACUGGGCCAAGCUUACUAUCAUGCUAGACAGAAGGGGGAUUUGACGAACAUGAGUAUAUUAAAUGUUUUGUUCAUAUUCA